GAGCGAACAGAACCCUGGUUGAGUCAUUCAACUGCUCGUCAUAGUCUCGCGGCCAAUUCGCAAAAUACUAGCCCUGAUCAUCUUUGGCUCUAUGCACCUCAAAAAACACCCCGACAUACUUACCGAAGAGACCAAUAAUUCACAAUCAACAUGUCGAAUAUAGUAGUGCCCGAGAUGGAGGCCCCUUCACAGGCCGGUGAUGCCCAAAACAACACAGAUAUCGUCGAAACAUAUGAGCGCAUUCUCGCUUCCGAUCCAGAGUUGACCAUGCCCGUCGCUGCUAUCGAGGCUCUCAUCAAUGUUCUCGGCCAGACCACAUCGUCAACCGUGAUGGAGACGCUUGAUAUCAUCCGCACCGCCGCCGAUCGCCUCAGGGCCUCUGUCCCGAACCCCGUGCCUCUUGCAGCAGGCACAGACCUUUUCCAGCAGUACCUCCUCCGGUCGCUUAAGAAGCAGGACACAAACGAUGCCCACGCCGGCUUUGAGGAGACGAGACAGUACCUGAUCCGCAACAGCCGGGUCUUCGCCAGCCGCGCCAAGCAGGCCAGAGCCGAAAUCGCGGAGCGUGGCGCGAGGAUAAUCGGGGAGGGCUCGUGUGUGCUGACGGGCGGUGGCAGCCGCACUAUCGCCGCCGUCCUGCUACGCGCUGCCGAGGUGCACAGCGCCGAGUUUGGGAGUCCCCGAUUCAAGGUUGUCUACGUUGUCGACCCACGGUUUCCGAGCAACGUCGUCGAGAAUCUCAGGUCGCGUGGUGUGCCCGUGGCCGAGGUCGGCGAGCGCGACAUCGCGCACGUCCUGCGCACCACUGGUGUCGACUUUGCCCUGCUCGGAGCCGAAGUUCUUUGCCAAAGUGGAGGUGUCCUGUCCCGGAUAGGAACUUAUAACAUUGUUGAACUCGUUGCCGCUUACAAAAAACCGGUUUACUUUGCUGCCGAAAGCCACAAGAUUGCCCGCGUUUAUCCCUUGAGCCAGCUGGAUCUGCCGCGCUGCGGAGUACAGCAGCAGGUCGCAAAGUUCACAACGUCAAAUGAGGCACCAAAGCAGACGAGCGCAGAUACUGAGGAUCCAAUUGAUUACACUCCGCCAAAGAUGAUCACAAAGAUCAUCACAGAAUACGGCACUAAAACCCCCAGUGGGAUCUAUGAAAUGUUGCUUGACAUAUACUCCUGAACGGCAAGUAGCUUCCGUAAAGGACACAAACGGUGCAUAUUUUCCCCGCAAUGCCCAAAGAAGACAACUGGGCGGUAUCGCUGGUGUAUAGUCAGGGAUUGACCCGUCUUCCAAGCCUCCUCGCCUAAACAAAGCUUUGAGUGCUCGGGUAUAAGGGAAGGGCUUACGUCACCGCCCAAGCUGCCAUGGGGACGAGGGAGCUACUUUGGCUAUGAGACAUGCAUAACACAACUUCUUCAGCAUUGAAGGCUCAUGGUCGCUGGUGCUGAUGCACUAGUAUGGCGAAGUAUGGCUCUGUGGGGAAAUGUUUAGCAUUGAAUAAGUAUCAUGCAAGAACUCCAAGAAGGUCGCAAUACAUGGCGCCGCUCAUUAAGUAGAAGUAAAUGAGCGUUUGCGGGGCAGAGAACGAAAAAAAAGGGUCGUUUGAUGGCCUUUAAAGUUUGGCUCUUAAAUCACACACGAACCACGAGAUGUUCAGGAAUUGCACCCUACAUUUGAGCAUGCCCUUUGAUUCACAAUUGAAGGUGAAAAUUAAUCAAUUAGACGGAGG